AGCCAUAUAUAGCCAUCUCGAUCUUCUUCUUCUUCUUCUUCUUCUUCUCCUCUCAGACUAUCGCCAUAAGUUCAUCAAGUUGAACAAUAUUUCAGCAGCGAGGAGCACACCGGAAAUUAGUCUUCCUUUGACGGUUUGACCCAUCAUGUCUACUGAAGGCACGCCUAUUCUGAUGAAUCCACCCAAUUCAAGUAGUGCAGUUGAUGAAAGUGAAGGCAUUACUAAUGAACACAGAGAACAAACUGGAGCUUUUGAAACAGAAGGAACAACUUCACAUGGAAAUGAAACACUGCAAACUCAAGAGGAAGAACAACAAGAGAGUUUUCAUAAAAAUAAGAGGAAAAAGACUUCUCAUGUAUGGUCUGAUUUUGAAGUGGUUAUGCUAAAUGGAAUAAAAAAGGCACGAUGUACCCAUUGCUCAAGCCAUUUUACAUACUCUAAGUCGGGUCUCACGACGACUUACAAAAGACAUAAAGAUAGGUGCGUUCAGAGUAAACUCUCACUAAGGGUGAUUGAGAAACAAAAAAGGUUAAAUCUUUUACCAAGUGAUGAAGCUUUUCCAUCACUCCCUCCUUUACAUCCUGGGAAAUUUGAUAUGGAACAAAUGAGGGAGUCUGCUGCACAAUGAUUGAUGAAGAAUGAACAUCCAUUUACCAUUUUAGAAGAAGAUGGAUUUAAUCUCACGAUGAAAAGAGGAAUGCCCGAGUGGAAAAAAAUCAGCAGGACCACUGCCAGAGCAGAUUGCUUUCAGAUUUAUGAGUUUGAAAAGAAAAAACUGAAACAAUCUCUUGAAACUGUUAGUAAAAUAAGUUUGACAACGGACUGUUGGAAAUCUAAGACUCAAAAAAUUGAAUACAUGGUUGUCACUGGCCAUUGGAUCGACUCUUCCUGGAGAUUGCAAAAGAGGGUUUUAAGUUUCAUAAACAUUCCACCACCAAGGGGAGGACUUCAAAUUUCUGAUGCUAUAUUCAAGUGCAUGAAAGAAUGGGACAUCGAAAACAAUUUUUUUACAGUAACAGUAGAUAAUGCUACAAGCAAUGAUUCAGCUAUUCGCUAUAUGAAGGAUACUAUUAAGAGGUCGAGGAAGUUGGUGUGUGAAGGGAUGUUAUUCCAUGUUCGUUAUUGUGCACACAUUCUUAACCUAUGUGUUCAAGACGGGUUAGAUGAGAUAGGAUACGUCAUUAGUGAUGUCAAAGAUAGUGUGUAAUAUGUUAAUCGUUCAGAAGCACGACGAAUACAAUUUGCAGAUUGUGUGAAUCAAUUACAACUGAAAGAUAGGAAGUUGAUCUAUGAUAGUAAGACUAGAUGGAACUCAACCUUUGAAAUGUUAAGUUGUGCACUCAGGUUAAGAGAAGCUUUUAAGAUGUUACGUGAUCGUGACCCAAGGUAUGAUAGUUGUCCUUUGGAUGAGGAUUGGGAUAAGGUGCAAAAGGUUUGUUCAAUUUUAGAAUCUUUUUGGACAGCAACACACAUCAUUUCAGGUAGUGCAUAUCCUACCUCAAAUUUGUUCCUUCAGGAAGUCCAAAAAGUAAAAUCAUCGCUAGAUAAGAAUGCAAAUCAUAAAGAAUCUUUUAUCAAGGAUUUAAUUUGUAGAAUGAAAUUGAAGUUUGAUAAAUAUUGGAGUGAGUGCAAUCUUUUGAUGGCUAUAGCUGCUGUGUUGGAUCCAACCAAGAAACAGCUUGCUAUUGAGUUUUGUUUUCCUAAACUUUAUUCGAAGGAGGAAGCUGUCCAAAACAUUUCAAAAGUAAAAGAGACCCUUACCACACUUUAUGAAGAGUACGCUGCAGAGUCAUUCAACAGAGAAGUGAUUCAUGUAUCACAUUCUGAAAGUUGUGAUUCUUUGAAUAGUUUGGGGUCCAAAUUGGGACUCAAGUAAACAACAAAAGCUCUACUCAAAUCUGGGAUGAAGACUUUGAAUCUUUUUGUGCAGAAGUUGAGACAGUUGAGCCUCAAAGAUCAGAAUUAAACGAUUAUCUAGAAAAGAGUCGCUUAAAGAAGACUGGAAUUUGAGACUACUUUUCUUGUUUGCAUUGGUGGAGGAUGAAUAGGUUACAAUAUCCAACCUUAUCACGACUUGCAGCAGAUAUUUUAGCCAUUCCAAUAACAAGUGUGGCUUCCGAAGAAACUUUUAGCGCGGGUACAAGGGUAAUUGAUCCAUAUCGUGCAUCAUUGUUACCGAAAACUGUGCAAGUUUUGCUAUGUGGAGGAGAUUGGUUCUGACGUAUGCACAAAGUCUCAAAAAAGAAAGCAAGACAUUUUUCAAACUACAUUUCUAGGUAAAGAAUAAAUAAACUUUUUGACUAGUUGUUUCCUAAUGAGUUUGUUUCUUAUUUUUCAGAAAGAGAAAUCAUACCAAGAAAUCUUUCUUCCACAAGUAACUUGAUCAAAGUAAGUUCAAUUUUAGAACGGUAAAGAAUGAUAUCAUUGACUUUUGCUUUUAUAUUUGCUGCUUUGGUUAAUUCAAUUUCCUGAAAUUGUCCAUAAUUUUUUUUCUUCUAUAUUUAUUUAAAUAUGGAUUGUUUGAAUUUGUUGAUGUUUAAUGUGUUGUAGCAAUGCUUUCUAAUCACGUAACUAGGUAUGUUACUUUUGACAUUAUAGUUUGAAACAUUUAACUAACAGUGUAUUUAAAUUGUAUUUCCAAUUUGUUUUAUACUAAUGUUGUGUUGUGAAUUUGUGAUCAUAAUUGGACAGGUUUAUCUUUGAGCCAUGGGAGAAGAACCAUUAGAAGCAGUCAAGCACAACUAGUUGGAGACUUGGAGUUGGGAUUAAAUUUUGUUUAUUUUUUGUUCCCAUAACUCUAGUUUGUUUUUAAUCUUCAUGUUUUGACCACUUUUGAUUUACAUUAGAAGCACAAAUGGUUGGACAUUUUGAGUUGGGAUUAAAUUUUGUAUAUUUUUUGUUCCCAUAACUCUAGUUUCAUUUUAAUCUUUAGGAUUUAACCACUUCAUUUAUUUUGGAUAACAUUUACUCUACUUUAAUUUGUUUGGCA